CAGCGGCGCCCGGGGCCGGUCCGGCCCCCCCGGGGCGGGGCGGCGGGAGGAGCCGGGACCGGGCGCAGGCGCCGGGAUCCGCCGCUCGGCCGGGCCUGCUCCCCGCCGCCGCCACCCUGGCGCUGCGCUGCAUGGACGGCGUGUUCCUCUCGCCCAACGAGGAUGAGUUCGUGGGCAGGAUCACCGAGGAGCUGGAGCACUUCAUGCUGCAGGGGCAGCACCACAGGGUGCUGCUGUUCCCCCCGCUGUCCAGUCGCCUCCGGUACCUGAUCCAUCGCACCGUGGACAACGUGGAUUUGCUGAGCAGCUUUUCCGUGGGAGAGGGAUGGAGGAGGAGGACGGUGAUCUGCCACUCGGCCGUCAGGCUGCCCAGUGAGACCAGUGACCCCAAACCCAGCAGCAACCCCCCGAGAUGCCAGCGCCCCACACAGCCGUGGGGCCGGGGGGGCCGGCCGUGGCGCGGGGGGGACACCCACGGCGACACCCCCCGCGUGGGCUCCGGCAGGAUCAAGAGGCCGCCCAGGAAGAAGCCAGACAAAGCCCUUUAUGUCCCCAAAGCGAUGCGCAGGAGGGGGGACUGGGGGGAGCAGGAGGGCCCGGUGACCGGUGGCGCCGACUCAGAAAAAGAAGAGAUUUGCCUUAAAACGUUCGUCGCGGAUGCACAGGAGGAACGGGACAAAUCUGAGGGCGGCCCAGGUGGUGUCCCCGUGGUCCAUGGCAAGAGACGGGAGCCCGGAGAAGAGGGAUCUUCAGGACAAAAUGACGAUGACGCCAACAACGAAUGUCCCCCGUGCUGUACGGAUGUCCCGUCCUUAGUGAAUAGCAACGAUUCCUCUGGGCAGGAAAAUCAGGAUAAAGACUGUUCGGAUUCGCUUUCUUCUCUCCAUAAUAAAAAGCCAAUUGAAGCAGAAGAGCAAGAUCAACGCUGCGAUGUUGUUAUACCAGAAAGCAGCACGACCCCGUGCCAAGCGCAAGCUGAAGAGCAAACCAGCCAGGAUGCCGGUGUUUUGGGGUCCCAAAGUGGCACCAGUAACUGUACAGACCCCGCUGCAGCGUCGCUGGGGCUGGAAAACCAAGAGGAAAGCUGCGCUGGUGCCCUGGAGAGUGGCGGAAUCACAUCCCCAUCUGCAGAACAUGGUGAGGACAUGAGCGCCGGCACGGUGGAGGGAGACCAGAGUUCCUCCGAGCUGCAAAGCCAAGACCAAGAGCGCCCCAGCGUUGAGCAAACGCAACCCCACAACCCCCCAGAAGCCCAAAACGAGCCUUUAGACUCCCCUGAAUGCGACCCAUCGGCUCCUGAGGAGCAGAACGUGGAUGCUCCGGCGCAGAACCAUGCGGGGACGGUGCCGGUGACCCAAGGGGACAAGGAGCACUCGGGCUUGGCCGACGUGCUGUGGCAUGAGCUGCGCUUGUCCACGGGUGACAAGGAGGAGGGUGACAAGGACGCGGGUGUCUCCGGGCAGAGCGGCCUCGAGGACGAUGGAACCGCUGAGCUCUUGGCCGAGAUCGCAGGUUAUUUGACGGUGAAGGACAUCAGCAUCGAGCAGAUCAGCUUUGACUACUCCAGCUACGGCGACGCGCAGCUCGGUGAUGGGGAUUUCGGCCACGUCACCGAAAUCUAUGACUUCUCCCCAGCACUGAAAACUGAGGAUCUGCUGGAAGUGCUCUCGGAUUUCCACGAGAGCGGCCUCAAGAUCCAGUGGGUGGACGACACGCACGCCCUGGGAAUCUUCUGCAGCCCGUCGGCAGCAUCUCAAGCCCUGGGCCGACGUUAUUCGGCUUUAAAGAUCCGACCGCUGAUCCACGCAACGAAGCAGUCGAAGAUCAAGGCGCUUCAGCGACCAAAACUCCUGCAGCUGGCCAAGGAGCGGCCCCAGACGGACACGGCGGUGGCCAAGCGGCUGGUGACGCGGGCGCUGGGGCUGAAGCACAAGCAGCCGGACGCCGAAACGCUCCUGCCCGAAAACCCGGACCAAGAGGAAUAAACCAUCAUCUCGGCUUUAAAAACAAACAAAAGAUAUUAUAGAUAUUAAACGGCAUGCAGAACAGUGAGUUGCCACGGGGGAUGUUUCUCUUGGGGAGUUCGUUGAAGUUUGUUAUUGAUGAGAUAUUGAGCGCGAGAGCCAAGCGCUCUGAGGGCUCUUGGUUAGGGAGCGUCUCGCCCUGCUCUUGUUACUCACUUGGGCACUUGCAGAAAGUCAGGCUGCUUUAUAAAUUUAAAACAAAAUGCAUUAGAUGAAGGGAAUUCCAUCUCCUUGGCCAAAAUGGAGCUGUAAGCAAGAACAGAGCAUCUCCAGGAGUCAAAAAAGCUGUUUAGUGUUUACUUCAUUGUAAUGUUACUGUUAAAAUAUCCCCCAAAACUGACAACACAAGUGACUUUGAGGGUUUUUUUCCCCUUAUUUCCAUAGUGUUUAAAGAGCCUGACUUGCUUUGUUUAGCAAGGAAGUUGUCAAGACACAUUGUGGCAGCAGCAGUUGAGCUUCCAGUGUGUCUCAGGCUCUGCUUUUGCUGCAUCUGGAGAACAAAAUGGAGUUUUCCAACCGAAAAACAGGCUCAAAACCUUUGCUCGAUGCCACUGGAUCAAUGACAGGAAUAGCAGAAGACUUCUGCGUUCUGGAAGCCUCACAACACCCCUGUGAGGUGGGUUAUCCAGCCCGUUUCAGUCAUGGGCAGCUACAAUGAUUCAUUUAACGAGCUGCUUGUAGAAGUCUUCUGUAUCAACACAGAGGGAGCACAAAGCCUUCAGAACCAGGAAUUGCGAACGUGGCCCUAACCUGUCGUGGAGUAGAAAUACACAAAUGGCAUGUAAAACAUUUUCUCUGGGUAAAACGUUUUUAUUCAAGUGUCUGAAAAUGUGUAGCGACGCGUGUCCUCAAACAAACAGAGGAGCACGCUUAGCACCAUGAUGAAUUUCCCGACUGUAAGAAUCCUUUCCAAGGCAACUUACGGGGGUCCAAACCCUGAUGAUGAUCCCACGAAGCGACCUCUAAGGUACAGUGAGGAUACGAUGCCUUAAACUAAAUCCUUUAAGGGAAAGGUGGAGGGAAUAUCCAGCAUAGAGGGUCAUAUUUAGACAUGUAGGAUGUUUUGGGCAAAUAGCUUACUUGUGGAAUGGGAUUUCCCAGCCCAGUGGACUCAUCAUCAGGAGAUGCGCAAAGUCUUUGGGAUACGACGGUGGAGGUUGGAGCAGAAAACAGUUCUGCGGAGGUUGUGCUGGGGGUUGGUUGUUGGAUACCAGAGUUUCAAGAGUAUUAAAUUAUGCUUUAUGCUGUUCUGCUGAGAAAAA